GGAAGAAUUUAAUUUGCCGGAGCUAAAAGCCGGUUGUGAUAUAUGGCGUUGAUUUUCGACUUGCUAUUGUCGCGCUGCGUUGUUUAUUCCGAGGAACGAGUAAAACAGUAAAAGAGUGAAUUUUUAAUCGUCAAAAUGGAGCUAACGGACGAUAAUUUAGUAACGUUGAGCGAAUACCUGAAGCAUACUCUCAGCGCUGAUGUGAAUGUCAGACGUCCAGCCGAGAAAUUUCUGGAAUCGGUAGAGGUCAAUCGAAACUAUGCCUUACUACUACUUCAUUUAGUAGACAAGUCUGAAAUUAAUAUAACCAUUAGGAUUGCUGGUGCUGUCGCGUUUAAAAAUUAUAUUAAACGUAAUUGGAAAGUGGAAGAAGAUUCUGCUGAUCGUAUACAUACUGAAGACAGAUAUGCAAUUAAACAACUUAUCAUCAAUUUAAUGUUGCAUUCUCCGGAUUCGAUACAAAAACAGUUGUCAGAUGCUGUAUCUAUUAUUGGAAAGUAUGACUUUCCUAAUAAGUGGCCUGAAUUGAUUGAUCAGAUGGUGGAAAAGUUUAAUACUGGUGAUUUCCAUAUAAUUAAUGGGGUUUUGCACACUGCACAUUCCUUAUUCAAGAGGUAUAGGUAUGAAUUUAAAAGCGAGAAUCUCUGGAGAGAAAUCAAAUAUGUACUGAAUCAGUUUGCGAAGCCUUUGACAGAUUUAUUUUUAGCUACAAUGAAUUUAACACAAGCACAUGCUAAUAAUACGGAAGCCUUAACAGUUAUAUAUAAUUCUUUAGUUAUCUUAUGCAAAGUGUUUUAUUCUCUUAAUUAUCAAGAUCUACCAGAAUUUUUUGAGGACAAUAUGGAUUCAUGGAUGAGAAAUUUUCAUACUUUAUUGAAUGUUGAUGUACCUUCCUUGCAAACUGUGGGUGAAGAAGAAGCAGGUGUAAUAGAACAGUUGAAAUCGCAGGUGUGCGACAAUGUCGGCCUGUAUGCACAAAAGUAUGAUGAGGAAUUUCAACCAUAUUUACCCGAAUUUGUUACAGCAGUUUGGAAUUUGCUUACAUCCACAGGACAACAACCUAAAUAUGACUCUUUAGUUUCAAAUGCAUUGCAAUUCCUGGCCACAGUUGCCGAUCGGGCACAAUAUAGGCAUUUAUUCGAAGAUCCAACAACUCUCAGUAGUAUCUGUGAAAAAGUCAUUAUACCUAAUAUGGAAUUUAGAGAAUCAGACAAUGAAUUGUUUGAGGAUAAUCCUGAGGAAUAUAUUAGACGAGAUAUCGAAGGCAGCGAUAUAGAUACCAGAAGACGUGCCGCAUGUGAUUUAGUUAAAGUAUUGUCUAAAUAUUUCGAAGUGAAAAUUAUGGAAAUUUUUGGAGCAUAUAUACAGAUAAUGUUGCAAAACUAUGCUGAGAAGCCGUCAGAAAAUUGGCGCAAUAAAGAUGCUGCUAUUUACCUCAUUACGAGUAGCGCGAGUAAAGCACAGACGCAGAAGCACGGAGUGACUCAAAGUAGCGAGCUCGUUCCGUUACCACAAUUUGCUGAACAACAUAUCCAACCGGAGCUAACAAAGCCGAAUGUGAAUGAGUUCCCGGUGCUGAAAGCGGAUGGAAUAAAAUUCAUAAUGACGUUUAGAUCAGUGUUACCACGUGAAGUAGUAGUAGGAAGUUUGCCACAGUUAAUUAGACAUCUAAGUGCCAAUAGUAUCGUUGUCCACAGUUAUGCUGCUUGCGCAAUUGAGAAGAUACUGGCGAUGAGAGGUCCUGAUAAUUUGUCUCUGGUCAAAGGGGCCGAUUUAUCACCACUCGUUGCAGAUUUAUUGAAGGGACUCUUUGCAUGCUUGAACACAUCCGGUUCUGAGGAAAACGAAUAUGUCAUGAAGGCUAUCAUGAGGAGUUUCGGUAUCUUGCAGGAAGUUGUGGUGCCAUUUUUAGCCGAUUUACUUCCGAAACUUACCGAGAAACUCGCAAUCGUAUCCAGAAAUCCGAGUCGGCCGAAUUUCAAUCAUUAUCUCUUUGAAACCCUGAGCUUGUCCAUCAAAAUUGUUUGCAAAACGAAUCCUGAAGCAGUAUCAUCUUUUGAACAAGCGUUGUUCCCUAUUUUCCAAGGAAUUUUACAACAGGAUAUACUAGAGUUUAUCCCUUACGUUUUCCAAAUUCUCGCGUUGCUUUUGGAGCUACGAACUAAUCAAGAUCUAUCGGAGCCAUACAUGGCUCUGUUCCCCUGUCUAUUAUCACCGGUGUUAUUCGAACGACAAGCCAAUAUCCAUCCUUUGAAUCGUUUGUUGCAAGCAUUCGUCAGUCAUGGCUCGCAUCACAUUGUAGCGCAAGAUAAGACAAGCGGAUUGUUGGGAGUGUUCCAAAAGUUAAUUGCGUCGAAGGCGAACGAUCACGAAGGAUUUUUAUUAAUGCAGAGCAUUAUCGAGUACUUCGCACCGAACGUUUUGGAGCCGUAUAUGAAGCAGAUUUUUGUACUUCUUUUUCAAAGACUCUCGUCUACGAAAACAACGAAGUUUGUAAAAGGUUUAAUAGCAUUUUUUGCCUAUUAUAUCAUUAGAUACGGAUCGACGAGCUUAAUCACGAUUAUCGAUCAAAUACAACCACAGAUGUUCGGGAUGGUCGUCGAGCGUGUAUUUAUAACUGAUAUGCAAAAGAUAUCGGGUGUAAUAGAGCGCAAAGUGGUGGCUGUGGGAAUCUCGAAUUUGCUGGUCGAUUGCCCCGCGAUGCUCGAAGCUCCGUACAAUACAUACUAUCCGCGUUUGUUGGCGGCAUUGGUGGAGUUUUUCGAGCUUCCUCAGGAUGAAAGUGUGUCACCAGAAGAUGACGUGUUCCCAGAGAUCGAUGAUGCAGUUGGCUAUCAAGUGGGUUACAGCCAACUUAUUUGUGCGAGAAAUCCUACAAAGGAUCCUUUACAAAAUAUUGGUGAUAUACGUCUGCACUUGGCGCAAGGUCUUGGAAGAUUAUCACCCGGACAUUUGCCAGGAUUAUUAGGCCAGAUUCCGGAACCGAAUGCAAACCACUUGAGGAAUUACCUACAAACAGCUGGUGUUACUGUUGCAUAAUACGAGCUAGACGUCCGCGACAGAUUGAAAAUCCAUUUGAUAGCUCGGAAGAUGAACAAUAUUGAAUUGAAUAAAUUGUGAUUAAGGAAAAGAAAGAGAGAGAGAGAGAGCCCUGUUUCUAUACACUACUUGUACAAUUCUUGAAACACAUCAUUCAGCUGGCUACUCGUAAUUUAAAAUGCCGUAGGAAAUGUUUGUCAUUUUUAUACUGUAACUUCGUUGAUACCCAUAUAUUAUUAUGAAAAGCAACAAAGUACAUAGCCUAGUUAAUUGUAUUUACCAUUUCGAUAUAUGGAAAAGCACGUUAUCGAAAA